GGGUUACGUGACUUGGGACACCGCCAGCCUCCUGGGGUGUGAGCAGGGCUAUAUAAAAGGCUGGACGCCUCCCCCAGCUAAGGCUUUGUCUGCAGUGCAGCUUCUCCCCUCUCCUGGCCAGGUCUACAGCUGCCGCUAUGGCCAACUUGGGCUUUUUCCAACUGCUAAGGAAAAACAAAGAACUCAUUCCUUUGAUUGGUUUUGUGGGCUUUGCAGCAGUUGGGGCCCUAGCUGCUUCCCUGUAUGCCCUAUGCACCAAAAGUGAUGUGAUCGUUAACAAGUCUGGCAAUCCAGAACCUUGGGAAAAUGUGAAUCCUAACCAGCCCCAAAAGCUUUUAUCAAUCAGACAGGAGUGGAAAUCCAUAGAGGAGCUGGAGAAGGUCAAAAAGAUGAUGAAGUGACAAGCUGCCAUUGCCUCAAAAAUGUACUCUAUGAAUCUAGUGGAAUCAUUUCUGCACAAACUCGACUACUGAAAUCAGUGUGCGGAAAUGCUUCUGCUACAUUUUUAGGGUCUCCCUACAUUUUUGGACUCUGGAUGAGGAAUUUCAUUUUGUCUUAGUGGUUCCCUCAGAACAUCCACACAGUCCAAAAAUAAACAUCUCUUUCAGGUACUCAUUGUUUCAACAGUCAUGUUUAACUUGAUGUACAAUGUUCAAUAUGCAGAGUAUUAAUGGAGUGGAAAAUCCUUCAUUCAUAUAUGAGCUUUUUAGAAUGCUGCAUUAUUUUUCUUAAAAUAUAUAUAAUUUUGUAAAUAUUCUAAUAAAAUGGGCAUUUAUGUUUAAAUAUUUAGAUUCAUUCAAAAUUCCCCGUGACUUCAAAAAGAGCAGGAGCAAGACCAUAAUGAGUGUGAAAGUUGUCAAUGUUAUUUUAAAAGAGCCUCUCCAAAAUAAGAACUCUGGUCUGUUGGUUCUUAGUUCAUUAUACCAUAUUUCAGUGUUGUGUACUAAUUUUACUGGUAUGCUAUUUGUACAUGGCAGCAUAAGCAGUCAUAGUAGAAAAUUAGGCUUCCAGUUCAGAUUUGGCGAGUUCCAAUCCUACAAAGACUUUGCACUGUGUCUUAUACUACUGACUUCAGAGGGACUACUCAGUGCAUAAAUUUAAUCACAUGUGUAAGUCUCUGCAGCACCAGGUCCUAAGACAAAUUAUCUGCACUCCAGUAUGAGUGAAACAAGAGCAAAUCUUUUGUAUUUGUAAGUUCCUGCUGUUUAUUCCUGUGAACAUUUUAUUAAAGUAAAAUGAAGAUUAA